CCGCCCUCACCUCGGCGGCGACCCCUCCUCGCGGACCUCGGCGCAGGAUCACGGGUGGUAAUGCGUGGGGCACUAAGCCUCGGAACCCAUUGGCAGGGAUAGCCCAAGGGAGCCCUCAACGCUGCAACCCCUGCGUCCUCUCGGAUCCUCGUUCCGCCGCCGCCGCCGCCAGUCCCUCUGACUGAGACCUCGGCUCUGGAGUUCCUGCCCAGCACACCCUCAACCCAGAGCCAGAGCCCCCACAGUGCCAGCCCCUCCUUCAACCAGGCAGAAUGGUCAAGGAGAAGACACACAUCAACAUUGUGGUCAUUGGCCAUGUGGACUCAGGCAAGUCCACCACAACAGGCCAUCUCAUUUACAAAUGCGGGGGCAUCGACAAAAGGACCAUCGAGAAGUUUGAGAAGGAGGCAGCAGAGAUGGGGAAGGGGUCCUUUAAAUAUGCCUGGGUGCUGGACAAGCUGAAGGCAGAGAGGGAGCGUGGCAUCACCAUCGACAUCUCCCUCUGGAAGUUCGAGACCACCAAGUACUACAUUACCAUCAUUGAUGCCCCAGGCCACCGGGACUUCAUCAAGAACAUGAUCACUGGCACAUCUCAGGCGGACUGUGCGGUGCUGAUCGUGGCAGCGGGUGUGGGUGAGUUUGAGGCGGGCAUCUCCAAGAACGGGCAAACCCGGGAACAUGCCCUCCUGGCCUAUACUCUGGGCGUAAAGCAGCUCAUUGUGGGUGUUAACAAGAUGGACUCCACGGAACCAGCCUACAGUGAGAAGCGCUAUGAUGAGAUUGUCAAGGAGGUCAGCGCCUACAUCAAGAAGAUUGGCUACAACCCAGCCACAGUGCCCUUUGUGCCCAUCUCAGGCUGGCAUGGGGACAACAUGCUGGAGCCCUCACCCAAUAUGCCAUGGUUCAAGGGCUGGAAAGUAGAGCGCAAGGAAGGAAAUGCAAGUGGCGUGUCCCUGCUAGAAGCCCUGGACACAAUCCUGCCCCCAACCCGCCCCACUGACAAGCCCCUUCGCCUCCCACUGCAGGACGUGUACAAGAUUGGUGGCAUUGGGACUGUGCCUGUGGGCCGAGUGGAGACUGGUAUCCUUCGGCCUGGUAUGGUGGUGACCUUUGCACCAGUAAACAUCACCACAGAGGUGAAGUCUGUGGAAAUGCACCACGAGGCGCUCAGCGAGGCCCUGCCUGGUGACAAUGUGGGCUUCAAUGUGAAGAAUGUGUCCGUCAAGGAUAUUCGCCGGGGCAAUGUCUGUGGGGACAGCAAAUCUGACCCACCUCAGGAGGCUGCCCAGUUCACCUCCCAGGUCAUCAUCCUGAACCACCCUGGGCAAAUCAGCGCUGGCUACUCACCAGUUAUCGACUGUCACACAGCCCACAUUGCCUGCAAGUUUGCGGAGCUGAAGGAGAAGAUUGACCGGCGUUCUGGCAAGAAGCUGGAGGACAAUCCCAAGUCUCUGAAGUCUGGUGAUGCAGCCAUUGUUGAGAUGGUCCCCGGAAAGCCCAUGUGUGUGGAGAGUUUCUCACAGUACCCACCUCUCGGCCGCUUCGCCGUGCGCGAUAUGCGGCAGACUGUGGCCGUGGGCGUCAUCAAGAACGUGGAGAAGAAGAGCGGCGGCGCUGGCAAGGUCACCAAGUCCGCACAGAAGGCGCAGAAAGCGGGCAAGUGAA